UCGCCCGCCGUCAAGCGGCCCGCGUCGGCGCCGGUGGCCCUGCAGGGCUGGCUGCACAAGCAGGGCUCGGAGGGCCUGAUGCUGUGGCGGCGGCGCUGGUUCGUGCUCGCCGAGUACUGCCUCUUCUACUACAAGGGCCCCCAGGAGGACAAGCUGCUGGGUUCGAUCCUGCUGCCGUCGUACAAGGUGUCUCCGUGCUCGGCGGACGACAAGGUGUACCGGAAGUUCUCGUUCAAGGCGGAGCACGCCAACAUGCGGACGUACUACUUCGCAGCCGACUCGCGGGAGCUGAUGGUGCAGUGGAUGAACGCGCUCAGCCUCGCCUCGAUCCUGCAGGACACCUCCAGGCCCAGCGUCUCGUCGGCCUCGUCGCAGGUGAACGCCAGCGCCAGCGCCGACGACAGUGACAGCGGCUUCCACGGCUACCGCGUGGGGGUGGCGCCGGGGGCAGGUGUGCGCUCCAAGUCGCCCUCCGCCGCGGCCGCCGCCGCCCGCUCCAAGUCCCCCGCCGCCAGUGGGCAGAGACGCCUCGCCUCUGAGAGUGACCGUCUGCCGCGUGGCGGGUGUCAGCAGGCAGCGUACGAGUCGCGUGUGGCGCGGCCGCAGGAGCCGUACCGGCCGCCGCCGCCGCCCAUCGGCGCGCGCGCCAGCCACGUGGUGACGGAGCAGCAGCGGCGCACGCCCGACGCCUACAGCCGCUCGCAGCCGCCGCCGCCGCCGCCGCCGCAGCCCGCGCGGGCCCCCGCGACAGCGGCGCACCGCGACUACGAGGACGUGUACGACCCGCGAUACCGGCCCGCCGCGCACCCUGCCUACCUCAAGUUCGCUGACGGCGCGCAGCAGCAGCAGCAGCAGCCGGUAGCGGCCCCGGAGGGCUCAGAGGGUGCGGGCACGCUGCCGCAGGUGGCGCUGUACCUGCCGCACUCGCUGCCGCACGCCCACGCCCACGCGCACGCCCACGCGGGCGGCCGCCACCACCUGCCGCGGCCCAAGUCCAGCAUGGACGUGGCGCCCGCCGCCGCGCCCGCCCCCGACUACUGGUCGGAGGAGGCGUAUGCCGACAAGAUGCGGCGCCAGCUGGCGGCGCAGCAGCGCUUCCUGCGCUCGGCCAGCGCGCGCCUGCCCGCCCGCGGCUCGGGGGCCGCCACCCAGCAGGAGGCGCUGGCGGCGGGGGCGGCGCCGCCCCCGGAGCACCGCCACACGCUACCCGCGGUCGCCAAGCCCGCCGCCGCCGCCUCCGUCGCGGCACAGCAUCACCCGACGACGCCCCAUCGUUCGCAGCAGCGCGAGGAGUCGAUGAAGCGGCUGCUGGAGUGGAAGCAGCGCAUGCUGCAGUCGCCGCUGACGCGCAAGCCGGGCCCGGCCCCCGGCUCGCUGCCCACCUCCGCGUCGUCGUGCCGCGGCCUGGCCCGCGCCGGGGGCAGCGCCGCCGCCGCCGCCGCGGGCGCCCGCCGCGCCUCACACCUCGACGAGAGCGCCGCCGCGCGCAUGCGCAGCCGCUCGCACGACGGGAGGCGGCCCUCCGCGCCAGCUGCCGCCUCCCUGCCGCGCUACAACAGCUUCUCCUCCGACGACGAGGGUGAGUACCACCGGCUUUUGGCGGGAUGGCAAGCGGGCCCGCACCGCUGCCCACUUCCCGUCGAGCUGGCGGGCCCGACAUCACACGUCGCAACUUGCGACGUCUCUCGAUCACUCGACGCGAGCGGCGCCGCGAGUAGGAGCGGAGACCGGCGCGGCAUCCCGCCGGACGCGUCCUACGACGACGAAGAGUACCGCGGUCGCGGGCACCGGUACUGUGGCGACGCGGCUGCCGAGCGCGCCCGCUCCCCGGACAGCUACCACAGCCACCAGCACCGGCGCUACCAGAGCAGCAGCAGCGGCGAGGCGCGCGCCAGGAACAGCGAGACAGUCGCCGUCGAGGUCCACGCCACUCCCGGUGCACGCGGCCGGCAGACCUCUGCCGCGGCUCCGGAAGCGAAGCCGUCUCGCGACGAGCGGUACUCGUGCGAGAAACACUCGGACAGUGGUUACGACACGAUGCACCGAGCCGGCAAAGUGGCGGAGCUGGAGGCGACGGAGUCCCUGCAGGGCGGCGCAGCCGGGCCGAGCGAGUACGGACGACACCGCCUGGCCUACACCGUGCGCACCUCUCGCAGCCACCUGUCGGAGGCCGAGGAGUCGGCAGAGAUGCCGGACAAGCUCUGGGACGACGAAGCCGGCGGUCGGCGGCCGUCCGCCAGCGUGGGAAUCCCCAAGAGGAAGAACUCGGUGCAGAACCGACUCCGAGCGUCGGAGUGGAUGCCGGGGAAGGAGGAGGACGCGGUGCAGAUGCGAGAACCUCUCGAACCGUCGCCGCCAGUGUACCAGCCGACGGAGGCACACGUGUCCAGUCUGAGGAACGAAGAGAGCGGCAACAGCAGCGCCGAUAACCCCGUCGGAUUCGCUUCCUCGUCCGUUUCGUCCAGCCUGAGACGUCGGAUCGAAGAUCUGCGGGCGUUCGCACUGGGCGACACUGACGGCAGACGCGGGGCGAAUACCGAUUCCGAGAACGUGAGAGAACUGCUCGACGGGUACGAGAAGAAUAAGGGCAAGAAAACGGAGACGGGGCGCCAGCGGCACGCGGAGGACGGCGGCGAACGACUGCGUGGCAACCGACGACGCGUCUUCAGCGAUACGGAGACUCUGCUCUACGACACGGGCAGUGACCUCGACGUGGAGGUUCGCGCCACGCUGAAGCCGUCGGCGCCGUCAGUCGAGCCGAAGCAGUGCGCGUCCCCCGAUCCGCCGCAGCCUGUCGCCACGGUGAGUGACAGAGAGGAGGCCGCGCCGCUACCGGCCGCUACUCCGGCCAGCGAGGACGAGGAGGUGGCGGCGGCGCUGGGGAAACGGGACAAGUUCGUGAGCUCGUGUCGCGACCUGGGCAGUCGCAGACCGGGCGCGGGCCGCACGCGGGGGCGCAAGUCGCUCUCCGUGUCGACGGCCGCGACCGACAGUGGCACGUCGGCUGCGGAGGCGGGCAGUGGCACCGAGGACCUCGAGGUCAUCGUCACCCCGGGCUACCUCAGGCUCAGCAUGGCCGAGUCGAUGGUGGCGCACGAAGACUCCGACUCGCCCACCUGCACGCCAGUCGCGACGCCCGCCCUCGGCGGCAGUUCCACCGGCACCGUCACCAAUGCCGACGGCGAUUCCAAUGCCAGCUUUCUGGCGCACAUCGAGGAGCACUACAUGCCGAUGACGCCGUCGAGAAAGGCCGUGUUGGCACCACCGUCCAUUGCCGACUCCUUCUGCAUCGGCGGGUCUGCGGCACACAGUGCACUCGUGGAGAACAUACUGGCCGGUGACCUGGAGGAGAGCUCGUACGUCGAGAUGACAGAGAACGGUUUCGUGCGCUCCUUGCUCGCACCGACUACGGACAAUGUCUCUGCUGCUGCGUCUAAGCUGGAACUGAAGAGGCUCAACUCUGGCGACUCCACUGCUACUUAUGCCAUUCCUGACAGUCCACGCUACUGCGAAGUCGGUUCCGUUUUCAAGAAGGCGGUAGACGGCGUCGGUAGUGGUGUCGGUGUGACAACUUCUCAUUAUGAACUACUGUACAAUCCUUCUUCCCAUUAUGAGCCAGUAUACAUGGAAGUCAGUCCACUAACGCUGAAAUCUCGCGAGAAGGUCGUCAGCAAAGACGAUCCCACCAAGACGAACCCGGACAAGCGCAGUGUGAUGUCACUGCCAGGGAAAAACAACCCUACUUUGCACAGAACUACACGCACGAGUCUCCCGGAUAUACUGAGCUCUUCGACAGGGUCGCAGCCGGCUCGAGAGCAGGGCAAGGCCGACCGGGACAGUUCCGAUGCCGACGACGAAGCGUCCAAGGAUCUGGAGUCGGUGGACACACCGCGGCACCCGCGCUUCAGUCUGUCCGAUACGUUCCGGCCGGCCUCCUACUACCUGGGUGCCACGAGCAGUGGGCUCACCGUCGCCACCGCUGACAAUCACGACUCCUCUGACAGUGACCUAGUACCACCGCCACCUAUUCCGACCAGUCCACCACCACUCGACGACUUCGACAAUUCUCUGGAGACGCAGGACUCGUCGUCACUAGAAGCCAGGCUGCGCAACGAUGCCAUUACUAAUGCCGAAGCAGAUUCGGAUGCUUCUAGGCUGUGGGAAUCGGCAGGUAGUGAACGCUCCAAGAGGCGACCUCUGUCAGGAGCGCGGCUCAUCCCUGGGCUGGAUGUGGGGAGUGACCUGGACUCUAUAGGUAGCAGGAGUGGCCUGGCGCUGCAUCUCGAUGACGGCGGUAGCGUCGACUUCGAUCGCUACUUGGAGGACUUCCACAGUAGUGAACCAUUCCACUUGUCUGCCUACGCCAAAGACACGUACUACUCGCCUUUCUCGAAAGAUACCGGCUACAGCUACAACGAAAACUGCCAGUCACCACCCGAUAAGCUAUCGGAGAAGGCAGAUCCCUCUACAAAACGGGUUAAGAAGAAUUUGUCAACUACUCUGGAGGCUUUGGCGAAACGAGAAACGGCAGGCGGUAGCCACGACGACGUCCAUUACGAGAAUGUGCAGCCACUGAAGGGAGGCGAGUGUCCGAUAGGCACAGACGCGACAGGUGCGCCAUAUUAUUACUCCGACCUGCUGAGGACGGACGACGACGGGAGCUUCGCCAGUUCGGCGUCCGAGAAGAGCCUGUCCAGUCUACGCGGCCGGGUGCCGCCACUCAACAACCAGCGGGCGGACGCGUCCGACUCCGCGGCAGCGUUGCUGAAGAGGAACGACAUCGGCCGCAAAGUGAACCCGAUACACCAGCACCGGACGUUCCACUCGCCCCACCACGCCGUGCAGUGCCCGCCUCCACUGCCCUCGACUCUUCCACCCGCGAUGCCCACUAGCGAGGAACAGAAGCGCCGUCUGGCGGCCGAACUCGCGAAGGGUGCGAACGUGGACGCCAGAAAUCUGUUCGAAGCGGACACCUUGAGGCGGAGGCCUGCGAAACAGUCUCCGGUGCCCGCGGCGGGGAGCGUCGUCAACCUGUACCCGCACGGUCUGCGCGAUAAGUCGCGCUCUCUGGAAGGACUGGUAGACGACGCCGGCAGCAGAUCGCCGACGGAGAGGCAGCCGGAACCGCACCGGCAGCAGGAGCAGCACCGCCGAGAGCAGCAGCCGGUCGACCACUGGGAGGAAGACGCCCUGUGGCGAGAGAGCUUGCGCCGCGUCAGCCUGAGGCACACCCGGUCCCUGGAGAACCUCGACGGCGGAGGUGCCCGCAGGCGGGCCCAGCUCUCUCGCGGAGCCACGUACGUGAACGACAGCGUGGCCGCGCGCCUCGAACCGCGCCGCCGGAGCCAGCACCAGCUGCGCUACGCCGACGCCGCCGCCGAGAACGGCGCGGAGAGCACGGCCCCUCGUCUCCGCGGAGGGCCGGACGGCUACUUGUGGGAGGCGGAGGGCGCCACCCCGCGCCUCCCACCCGGCUCCACGCCGUUCGAGCUGGACCGCGAGAAGCUGCGCCAGUGGGACCUCAUGUCGAGCGCGCCGCUGCCGCCCGCGUCCGACGACCAGCAGCAGGCGGGGGCGGCGGCGGCGGCCCAGGGGCGACCGGAGGCGGCAUCUGGCGCUGCGCCCCCGCCCCCGCCUCCACCCCCGACUGCCGACUCGCCGGCCCCGGACAGAGUCGCGUCUCCUUGCUCCCCAGGACAACGAGAGGAAAGGAAGACACUCCCAGAAGAGAAUGGAUUCCUUACCGCAGACAAUAAUCAGAGACAGCGAGACAAAAAGAAACCUUUGCUGGAAGAGAACGGCUUCACCCCUGCAGAUACGAGCUACAGACAGCGAGACAACAAGAAACCUGUGAUAGAAGAGAACGGCUUCACCCCUGCAGACACAAGCACAAGCUACACAUCCGGUUCGGGGUCCGUGAUGGGCCGUGAGGUGGGCCCGCCCCCGCCGCCGCCGCCGCGCGCCGCCUCCGCCAUGUCGCUGCACCUACAGCCGCCCCCGGACAAGCCCGACCGCCAGGCCGGCGUCGCCGCACCAGAAGAAGCUGGGCUGCAUGUGUCAGCUGGUGAACUGCUGGGAAGGACUCAUGAAGAACUUGUGUUGCUGCUCAUUCAGCUGAGGCGUCAGAGUGCAGCUGUGUGCAAAGCUAUGGAAACAUGCCACAUGGAAAUCGAGGCUCAGGCCAGGUUUGUGGAGCUGGAAACACCCAAGAGGCUGGAGCAUUUAAAGAAGUUGGAGGAUUUAAAAAGGCACCUACUAGACCUUGAGAAACAGUAUGAAAGGGGAAAGCCUCUUGUGAAUCUCGUCGAUAAUAUGGUAAAGCUCGGGUCACUGUAUAGAGGACCCAGUGCUAGGGAGAGACUGGAAUUUAAUCAGAAAGUCCAAGAGAAACGCCUAUUAGCAGAGGAGCGACGUGACUGGGACCGACUCAGUCCUGACCGAACUCAACUUCAGGCUAAAGUACAGCAGUUAUAUCGCUUGGACCGGUUGCUGCAAGAGGAAUCCAGCACAUUGCAGAGUCUUCAACAGGAUAAGGAACUGCUAGAGAGAGCCCUAGCUGGUCUUCGGCACAAGCUUCAGAACAACAGUCAUUUCUCACCAGUUGAAGUGGAGCACUUCCGUAAGCAACAACGAGCACUGGAAAGAGAGCUGAGCCGUGUUCGCCUCUUACUUGCACACAAUUCCAAGAAACUUGAAGAAACAGUAGCAGAGAAUGCACGCCUGGAACAGGAACUUGUAAUUUUACGCCAAAAACUGCAACAGCCAAUAACAGAACCAGGUGGUGGGACAGCUGCACUGGAGGCAGAGUUGAGAAGAGUGCAGAGGCUGGUGGGAGACCUCACGAGGCAACGCAAGCAGCUCAGCCUGCAAGUGCAGCAGCUGACCCAGCAAAGGCCUGGACCUGCAGGUGUCACUGGUAGCAGAGGAAGCAGCUCCACCCCCAGUAGAAAACGGCACCAUAGCACAUGGUUAGUGACAGACCUCGACACACUGGAGACGCAAGACCUCGGUGUGGAAGCCGCUGUGAGCCCAGCAAGUAGCCAGGCAACAACAGCCACCUCACCAGCCUCAACACUACGCUCGCCAUUGUACGCGACCAGAGAAGCUGGUAGUGGAAUGGAAGUGGAAAAUGAGGUUCCCCCACCACUCCCUGCCCCUCCAGAGAUUCCACCUGAGUACCCGCCUCCACCUCCGCCACCACCUCCACCAUCAGAAGAGGCUUUACUUGGUCCAGGAGAACAGUAUUGUCCACAUGUUGAUAUAAAUGAGGCUGAUGAUCGUAUGAAAAGAUUUUAUGGUAUCAUACCAAAAGAGAAACAACAAGAAAUAAAGACUGUAAGGAUUGUUAAGCGUGAAUCAGAACGACGACAGAGGGACCGUGAUAGAAGUGGUAAUAUUGGUAUUCCUCUGACAAAUGGUGGAAUUACUACUGGUAAACGUGCUCCUGCAGCUGAUGGCUCUGAAACAGCCAACAGCAUAUCUGAGACACAAGGAUUUCAGAAACAACAGCUCGGUCCAGUGGAGGAAGAAAUAGGUGAAACAUCUCGUCCAUUUAGCGAGACAUUGCUGUCGGCCUCAGUAGAUGAUGAUGAAGAAGAUGAUGACCCAGCAAUAGAUCUCCAGUUUCAAAGAUCUCUGUCUCUGCCACGAGGUUUUGGCAAGAGAGAAAGACUGACAGGUGCACCCCCUCCACCACCUAUACGAUCCGCUUCUCCUAGAGGAGAUGGAAUGGGUACUGGUGCUAAUGGUAGACAACAGCGUGUCAGGUUCAAGGAUGGCGAGUACACCAGUGUGAGCAGCAGCCCUAGUCCAAGCCCAAGCCCUUCGCAGCUAUCACCGGUGUUCAAGAGCCAAGCUGCACGUGCCAUCGUGCAGGAAGUGUCCCAGUCACCACGCAAGAGGGCUGUUCCCAAAGAGAAGAGGCGUCACCACACAGUCUCCAGCAGCAAGCCACUGCUUGAUAUGGAAGCGUCUGCAUCACGAAUGGGAUCUGCACGGUCGCGAGAUGAUCUGGAUAUGGAACGAGCACUCCGCCCACGUAUUAAUGCACCUGAUGUUGUCAGGUCAACAAUGAGUCACAAGGACUUUAAAUACAAUGAAAACACCAUUGAUAGUAUACUUGGUACACCAAGCAAGAUUAUUAUCCCAGAACGCUACAUUCCUGAGCAGGCACCUGAACUUUCUGCAGAAGAGCAGUUGCAUCGCCUUAAGAAGGCAGAAGCAAUUCGAAAGAUGCUUUCCGAAACAAGUGCAAUUAGUGCUUCUGAGGGCAUUGAGGAGGAACAUCAAACAGCAACACUGAAGAAAAAGGUUGCUGCAGAGAAACGACAACGGGAACAUCUUCUGCAGCUGAAUCAGCUCCUAGCGCGGCAAGUCAUGGAGAAGAGUAAAGUUGUGGCAGUAAAAGCUCUUGCUACCCUGCCAUUAAAAACUGAGUCAAGUUUUGAUGAAGAUGACUUGUCUCCAGUCCAGCCUCUUCCGCUAUUUCAACAGCGAGAGAAUUAUUUCUCUUAGUGGAUGAUUAACAUUCCAUACUUUCAACAGAUACAGACUAUCUUUUUAUGUCUUCCUUAAACUGGCCCCACAAAUAACUUGUCUGAUACAUAUUCAUCCUUUAGUGGUGGCCUUUUGUGUCGUGUUGUGAAAUAUACUGGGACAUUAUUUAUAAUUUAAUCAUAAGGAAAUGCAGUGGACAUUCCAUGAAUAUUUAACAAGUGCUUUUAAAGUGUGAAUAAUAGGUGCCACACUUAAAAAUGUAUAUGUGAGGCCAAAGAAACAUAAAGCAAGCAAGUGAGUCAGUGUUUUACUACUGUAUAAACCUGGAGGAUAUUGAAUUUGUUCUCCUUACACAAAAGUACAGCUAUAUAUUUCCUUAAUGCAUUUGUUUUUGUUAUAUAGACCUGAUAUUUUCAUUUGCGUUGUGCAAUUUGCUGCAUGAAACGUUACUUUCUUUGAUUUUGUUGCCUAUUAACAAAUCCCAAAAUAAAGUGCCAAUGAUUUACAUUAAUGAUAAGUAUAGGCAACAGCCAUGCAUCUGUAUGCCUCCAGCAAGUAGCCUAAUCGGCCAGUGACAGUUCCAGAAUUACAUCUGUAUAUGGUUUAGAGUGUUAAACAGGGUUUUCAUGUAGGGAUAUAAAAACUGAGAGUUCUGAAAAUUUCAUGUACUAUAGAUCUGAGCACAUGAUGAAGUUCUCACAACAGGCUGUUAUGGUACAUUAGUUGUAUAUGAUAAAAAUGCACUUUUUAGAAAUACUUUUCAUUUUUAUUUUCUGUCAUAAAAUUUACUGACUAUGAUAGAAUUCUAAGUUAAUGACAAUUGCAAUUAUUACUCAGCAGUCGUACCAAUACUCAAUAAUGUUGUCUUUGAGGUUAAUGGACAGUUUAUUCGGAAACUGUAAGAACCAGAAACUACUGAAGGUUAGACGUUAAAAAGACCUACUUUUAUUGAACUACCAGAGUGGCAGGUGCAAUUAACUGUUUUCUGCAGAUCAUAUAUUCUUGCUAUUCAAGAGUUGUUUAAGAGUGCAUCGUAGUAAUGAAUUGUCAAAAACACUGAUUUUCAUUACCUAGGCCUCUCACAUUGGUCUGAACUGUUUCAUGUUAAAACUGUAACAAACCAACCAGUGUCUGACAGCAUCUUUCACACCAAAAACAAGUUAUGUACUUUCAAAGGUUCUUGCUAUUUUUGUUGUGACUUCAUUGAACUUUGGUUUCAAAUAUUAUUUAUUUUAAAGUAAAAUUCAAAGCCAAGAGCAUGUUUGCAAAAGUUUGUAUCAAGAAAGGAAAGUAUAGCAGACUUCAGUAUUUUGCUCCUCGGGUAAGGUUUCAGUCAGUUAGCUGAAUAUCUUCUCUCCUUAAAUUAAUUGUGCUACUUGAAACAAGGAGAGUAUUCUAUGUUUGUUAAAAAGAAAAAGCCUGCAACAAAUUUUUUUUCUUUGUUACCACGUACCAGAUUGACAUUCAUGUCAUUCUAGAGGAUUAAACUGCAAAUAUUGAAAUUUUUAGCAUUGUCUUGUUUGUAGUCUAAUGUUAAGCAUCCAAAUACAAGAUGUCCUAUAACAUUGUUUAGAAAUAGAAAUUUUUGUGGUACACUAUUUGCAACAGUUGUUAACCAUUUUCUAUGGUAACCAGACUUGUUCAGAGGUAACAAAAAGGGGAACAGAAAGUGUGGAAUAAGAGUUGAAACAAAUGCAGUAUUUGUGGGAACCUUUCAAAUUACAAAACUAAAUUUUGGAUGAAUUUGAAAUAGUAUCCGAGAGCCCUAUUUCAGUUGUUUGUUGCAUAGUUUUAAAUUCAGUCUUUCAUUUAUAUGGAAAAAUAAGCAUUAUCAACAAGAGUGAAAGUCUGAUGACAGUUUUGAAAUAUAUAAUAUUUAUUGUGUGCUUAUAAGUAAAGACAAUUCAGGACAUUUGAAUAUCUUGCCAAACUUUUUAGUAUAUGCACCUGCCAGUCUCUAGUAAGUAAUGUUUAUACAUAAGGCUUUGUGAAACCUAUGAAUGGGGCAUUUAACAUGCAGGAUAUGGCUGGAUAGCAAUUAAAACUGGCAGAAGAAAUUGAAAGGUUCAAUAUAAUUAUUACUUUUUAAUAUUCAUAAGUUAUAACCAUAAUGAAUAAUUUUUGUCACAUUCAUAAUUUUCCUACAUACAUUAUUGAUGGAAAAGUUGAUGAAGGUUUCCAAUUUGCAUUAAACUGAUAGCAUGAUUAUGAAAUAUAUAAAUGUAUAUUUUAGAACCAUUACAUAGGUCUAAAACAGCCUUAUUAUAGAAGAAGAUUGCUCAAUGAAUAUAGUACUUCAACUGUGCUCAGAAAUUUGAUGAAAUUCAUAAAUGUCUUUGAUGAAAAUGUUGCAUAUGUACUGUUUGAGCCCAAAGAACAAAUGUUCUCUUACUUGUAGUCAGAAUUGCUUCAAAAAACUCAACUCCAGUACAGUUUUCACUUUUUAAAUAUGCAUACUUGGUAAUUUUAUUAAGCCCUGAAACUGCUUCUCUCAUGUAGUUAACAAGUUAGUGUUUUCUUGGUUAAGAUUUCCUUUUAUUUACCUGUUUAUACUCUUCAAUCUGCUCAAAAUGUACAGCAUACUUAAUUAUUGUACAAUAACUUCCAUUAUAUAUUUAUACAUUUAUAUGCCCAAAGCUUUUAAGAAAUGUGUGAAAUAAAAAUGAGAGUAACUGGGUGGAAUGGCAUUAGAUAAUCUUGCAGCACAUACUACAGUAUUGAAAAACAGUGCAAAUCGUGCGAGCUCACAAAGACCACAGUAACAUGGUCAGAUUCCUUUCGGCCUAUAGUACCGAAGAUACUUUUUGUAACUAACUACUAUGUUUGUUUAAGUGUUGUAUAAAUUAAUGUACUGUGCAUAUUACUGUAUUUAAAUUUUAUAUUAACUUGUUCAUAUAUACAUAGAAGUAAAAUAAAUUUGUUAAUAAUUCCAUAACCAUAUAUGAAAUGAGGAAUACAUAGAUUUUCUCUUACUGUUUUUAAAUUUCCUCUGUAUGUGUGCAUGUAUAUGUAAAUAUAGAUAUACAUAUAUAUUUUUUAUAGACUAGACUUUCUGUUUGUGAAAUGAUUUAUGAGCAGUUAAAGCUGACUAAUCACUGAUACUCUUGUUCUCCAGAAUUUUAUGCAUGAGAGAUAUUAAAAUUGUUAAUAAACAAGUCUCAGAUAGCCACUGCUGACAGUUACUGUAAUUUCCAUGUGUUAUUGAUAGGAAAAUGAAAUGGAGAGAAUAUUUUUUCAU